AUGCUUACAGAUUCCCAAAUUCAACUUUUUAGAGACCGCCUCACUGAGAGCUUCUUCAUCACUCCACAAGACGCAGAGUAUGCAGAAGCUAUCAAGCGAUGGAAUGACGUCGGAGAAAGACGUGCUGGGGGCAUUAUAUUGGCAACUUCCGCAGAGGAUAUAUCCGUGGCGAUGAAACUAGCCGUUGACAUACAGCUUGAUGUCGCAGUCCGGGGUGGCGGCCACUCCCAUUUUGCUGCUUCCUCUACGGAUGGUGGUAUUGUCAUAGACCUGCGCAAUAUGAAUAACGUUACUAUCAACGAGGCUACGAAUGUCGUUACGGUGCAGGGUGGAGCUCUCUGGUCUGACGUAGAUGAAACACUCGGUCAAAAAGGGCUGGCUGCGGUCGGAGGUACGGUGAAUCACACAGGUGUGGGUGGGUUGACCCUCGGUGGAGGUUACGGCUGGCUCUCCGGGCAAUAUGGGUUAGCCAUCGACAACCUGCUCAGCGCAAAAGUUGUUCUCGCAGAAGGCAGCAUCGUUACUGCGUCGGCUACAUCGCACCAAGAUCUGUUCUGGGCCAUUCGGGGAGGCGGUGGUAACUUUGGUGUCGCUGUGGAAUUUGUCUUUCAGGCAUAUGAAAAGCCAGAUAACGUGUUUGCUGGAAUGCUGGUCUAUACUCUGGAUAAAGUCCCAGAGAUUGCCAAGUUCCUGAAUGGUUGGAGCAGCAAUCAGCAGCGUAACGAAUGUGUUUUGCUCGCUGUCGUAGCACCACCACCACAAAACCAGCCAGCAAUUGCUGUCGUCCCGUUCUAUGACGGUCCUGAACACGCGGCCCGUGAUCGAUUUUCAAAGCUCAUAGCCAUUGGCCCUAUCGCCGACGGGACGUCAAUGCUGGCAUAUUCAAAAGUAAACUCUCUCCUGCUUGACGGAGCAAAGCAUGGCGGUCGAAAGUUUCAAGCGGGCACCGUUUGGGAGCCACCGUUCGUCCUAGCCCAAUUGGAUCAAGUCAUCCACGAAUUCCGUGGAAUGCUGGAGGCUUAUCCAGAGACAGCAGGGUCGGCAGUCAUUUUCCAGUUCGAUCAUCCUGAGAAAAUUGCCUCCGUUCCGCAUGAUGCAACGGCUUUUGCUAAUCGUGGUAAUCACCGUCUCGCCAUGGUUGAGGUGAAAUUUGGAAGCAGAGACCUGGACGAUGUGGCCCUGAAAUAUGCAAAGAGAAUUGUGCAGAUCAUCAAGGGCUGGGACAACGGAGGGCCUGGAAGAGAACGGGGAGUGAAGAUUUACUCUAACUACGCAACUGGCGAUGAAGACCCGAGACAAAUAUUUGGAAGCAAUUUCGAGCGCUUGGCAGAGAUAAAGAAAGUCUACGACCCUGGAAAUGUCUUCAACAAGUGGUUUCCUAUUAGUCCAUGUCAACGGUCUCUAGGAUAA